CGUUGUGGCGGUAAGCGCUCGGUGACGAGACAUCGCUUCUGUUCGGUCGAAGUCCCCUGGACCGUGCUCUGUCGAGGGACUUGGUUCGAACCCUCAUCUGCACGCUGCCAUGGCAUCCAACAUACAGACUAUUCGUUUCCGAAGGCCAGAAAAGAAGGAACCAACGGUAAAACCCAAGAACAGGCAUGGUGGGAUAUUGCAGGAUCAAUUACGGAGGGCGCAACGUGCACCAUGGGUCCCGGCAUGGUCAACGGCGCUCAGGUUUUUCUUGUUGAUGAGGGUGGCAGGCGCCAUGUAUUCGAAUCUGCAGGAUUGCGACGAAGUAUUCAACUACUGGGAACCUCUGCACUAUCUUGAGAGAGGUUAUGGUUUCCAAACCUGGGAAACGUCACCGAAAUAUUCAAUUCGAAGCUGGGCAUACAUUCUCCUACAUUUACUUCCCGUCAAGAUUGCUACUCAAUUGAUAGGCUCCGACAAGAGACCUGCAUUCUUCGCUGUCCGUAUAUUAUUGGCUUUCAUCUCGUCAUUCUGUGAAGCCACGUUCUACCGAGCCGUUGUCGACAAGAUUAACUACCGUGUUGGCCGUUACCUAUUCUUCAUGCUGUUAUUCAGUUCCGGAAUGUGGUCAGCUUCAACAGCCUUUUUGCCCUCCAGUUUCGCAAUGUAUGCCAAUACCAUUGCAUUCUCGUGGUCAAUAGAACCCACAAACAAUCGUAACUUCCGGCGUACUUUGCUUUCGACGCUAGCCUUUGCCACAGGUGCUGUUGUCGGAUGGCCUUUCGCAUUGGCGGUCGCUAUCCCCUUCAUACUUGAGGAACUUGUUUUGCGUGGAACAGAUAUCGUUCCCUCUGAGAAACGCGUUUCUUGGCUUUUGGCUAGAUACGGGCGUUUGGCCACCUGUGGUGCUGUCGCCGCUCUGCUUUUCGUUCCCGUGGUUGCAUUGGAUACCCUGUUCUAUGGCAAACUCACGAUCGUACCAUGGAAUAUCAUCAAUUAUAAUAUCUUCCCCGACGCCGCUAAAGGACCCGAACUCUACGGAACCGAACCACCCACAUACUACUUCUUCAAUCUCCUGUUGAACUUCAAUGUCCUCGGUCCCCUCGCGCUCCUUUCUCUACCAGCGCUCGCCAUAACGCGACGCGUCGACCGGAAACGUCUCGGAGACAAACCUCCUGCGAGGCAGAGUUCUCCCUAUACGUUGGUCGCGUUGAGACUGGCCCCUGUAUAUGUUUGGUUAGCCAUUCUUUCUAAACAGCCACAUAAAGAGGAAAGGUUCUUGUAUCCGAUCUAUACGUUGGUUUGCUUCAACGCUGCUGUGACAUUGUACUUGGUGAGAGGCUGGCUUGAGGUCGCGUAUGUUCGCUUCACGCAGUCGCCUUACAAGGCAUCUAAGGCGUCCAUCUUCAGCAGAUUGACACUUUCAGUAGUCACUGCGUCGAUGGUCUUCUCUGUCUCACGUACUCUUGCACUUUGGACAUACUAUCACGCGCCAAUGACCAUUGCUUUCCGAUUUGAAACCGAAGAACUCCCUCGUCUUCUCAAUGUGACAGGCUAUAUUACGCUCCCUCCUUUCAGCGAGACCGCUCCUCACUCUCGGUAUGACGAUGAAGAAAGCAAACCUCGAAUCGACUAUGGUCCUAUCAAGAAUUUCGGUCUGAGGCUUUGCUAUGGGAAGGAGUGGCACAGGUUCCCCGGACAUUUCCUAGUUCCUGACGGCGUCCGAGUCGAUUGGAUCAAGAGCGAAUUCGACGGAAUGUUGCCCGCACAUUUCUUGGAGACGAAGUAUGAGAGUGGACUGAUGGGGCGUGUCAAGGGAACGAGAGCCGUUCCGUCCGGAUUGAAUGACUUGAACGAAGAAGCACCCGAGUUCUACGUUGACGUGUCUUCGUGUGAUUAUCUCGUCGAUUUGGAUUUCCCCCUCCACCCUCGGGAAUCAUUACACGAACCGCGGUAUUCCGUGGAUGAACAAACCUGGGACCGAGUAACAUGUCAAAAGUUCCUAGAUGCGAGCCAUUCUCCGUUGCUUACUCGUGCAUUGUGGAUGCCGGGUGCGAGGUGGCAACAGGCAAACGAGUACGGAGAGUAUUGCCUGCUUAGACACAAACAGAACGUCGCGAAGAAGGAAAAGGAAAAUACUUUACGACUUACCACGUAGGUGUGCAAUGAAAGUAACUUAUGCCUCACGACUAUUGUCAUUAGAAGAAGCUCACUCAUAAUUCAAUCAUAAUUCACAACC